AUGACCCUCCUCCCUGACCCAGUCAUCCAUUACCUCUACGGUCUCCCUCCUCCAACGUUGAACAAACGCAAGGAGCCUAUGCAGGUUCUGGCUGUGGGAAUCUCUAGGUCUGGAACAGAGUCACUACGCCAAGCACUACACAUACUAGGAUUCGAGCAUACCCAUCAUGGCUUUGAUACCAUUCUUCCUCCGUCAUCCUUGGAAGGUACUUACCGCCUUCUGCAGAAGAAGUACAACACAGAUCCAGUCCUUGGUCAACAAAGGAAACUGACCGCCGAGGACUUUGACACAAUUUUGAGUGACUGCGUCGGUGUCAGUGAUCUGAUGGCGGCAGAAUUCGCGCCCGAACUCAUUGCGGCGUACCCGAAUGCCAAGGUUAUUCUCAACACUCGUCGAGACCUUGACAGCUGGUACUCUAGCAUGCAGCAAACUAUGGGCUAUUUCGACAAAAAUCCAAUCGACUGGGACUGGUUUAAGAGUUGGUUUAGCGCCGAGCUGUUCUGGAUCCGACAAACGAUGUGUCGCACGAUGAUGCCCCGAUUCUUUCGCGGAAGUUUCCAUUCUAAUGGCAAAUGGGUCCACGAGCAGCAUGUUGCUUUAGUGAAGGGGCUAGGCCUACCCGAAGAGAGGUUGCUUGAGUGGUCUGUGGAGGACGGUUGGGAGCCGCUCUGCAAAUUCCUCGGCAAAAGCGUUCCGGAGCAAGCAUUCCCUGAUGGCAAUCCACCAAAAGCUUGGGCAGAACGAAUCUCCCGUACCAUGAAAGCUCAUCACGAACGGGCUAUUAGGAACAUGCUUAUCUUCGGGGCCUGCUUUACUGGGAUCAUGGUAGCGGGUGUCGGUGCCUACCUGAGGCUAUCUUCAUAG